AUGGCUGCCGUUCCCAAGCUGUCGCAGGAGGCCGUGCUCGUGACCAGCACUCCGAUGCCCGCCGACACGCCCAUCAUCAAGGGCUACGACUUCAACCAGGGCAUCGACUACGAGGCGCUGCUCAAGUCGUACAAGUACCUGGGCUUCCAGGGCACCUCGCUUGGCCAAGCCAUCGACGAAGUCAACCGCAUGCUCAACUGGCGACUGUCCGAUGAGCCCGUCUUGGAAACGGACGACGAAGACUUUGCGCACCCCGGAACAGCGCUCCCAGGUCAACACAGCUUGGUGGACUGCAUCGUCACCACUGCUGGCGGCAUUGAGGAAGACUUUAUCAAGUGCCUGGGCCCCACCUAUCUCGGUGAAUUUUCGCUCAAGGGCGCCGAUUUGCGCAUGCGUGGCCUCAACCGCACCGGCAAUCUGCUCGUUCCCAACGACAACUACUGCAAGUUUGAAGAUUGGCUCAUGCCCAUUCUUGACACAAUGCUCGCCGAGCAGAAGACCAACGGCACCGUUUGGACGCCCUCCACCAUCAUUCAUCGUUUGGGCAAGGAGAUUAACAACGAAGAGUCUGUCUACUACUGGGCUUACAAGAACAACAUUCCCGUCUUCUGCCCCGCGUUGACGGAUGGCUCGCUCGGAGAUAUGAUUUACUUCCACUCUUUCAAAAACCCGGGUCUGAUUGUUGACAUUGCCGCAGACAUUGCCAAGAUCAACAACAUGGCUGUGUUUGCCAAGAAGACUGGCAUGGUGAUUCUCGGCGGCGGCGUGGUCAAGCAUCACAUUUGCAACGCGAACUUGAUGCGCAACGGUGCCGACUUUUCCGUCUACAUCAACACUGGUCAAGAGUUUGACGGUAGUGAUGGUGGUGCCCGGCCUGAUGAAGCAGUGUCCUGGGGCAAGAUUAAACUUACGGCUAAUCCCGUCAAGGUCUAUGCCGACGCUACUAUCGCCUUCCCACUGCUGGUCGGAGAGACUUUUGCUCGCAAGGUGUUUGCGGACAAGGCAAAAGCCAAUCAACAGUGA